UAGUAUUAAGACGUGUGGAUAGAGAUUGAACUACUUGAAGAUAGGUACCUCGCUUAUUUGUCGACGAACAGUGUUUUUCUACCAACAGUGGGGGAUGUUACGAUGGCAAAGUGGCUCACAACGCUUUGUGUUGAUGCUGCCAAACAUCUCGACUAGGGAGAUACUGAGCCCUGACCCUCUCGUGGAUGCUGAAGGAGAUGUUGAUUCGAAUAGUGGGGAGACAGCUUGGCCCGAAACCGACCCUGCGGAGAUGCAAGAGACAGAUUUACUAUGCAAUAGGGAGGCCAUUGACGGAAGCCAAGGCAGUGAAUGUGCCAGCCAGGCUACAGAAUCAUGCCUUCUAGAGCAUUCUGUAGCCCUCAUCGCUUCGCAGAUGGGAGAAAGCUCCGCCCAAGAAAUGGACCAAGGAAUGGAUCAGGCCCUGGCUUCGGCCUUGGGGCCUGAGCUAUCUGAGGCGAGUCCUACAGAAGCCCCCAUGAUCUCUACUUCCGAUCAGGAGCCGGAACCAAGGAACAACGCAGUCCCCCUCCUCUCUCAGGUUGCAUCUGCAGACAGCGCUGCCAACGAACAGAACGUUCGCUCCGAACAAUUGAUCCGAACGGCGAUUUUGGGUGUUUUGGCUCGAACGAACGUACAGGCAUAUCGACCCGUACAGGGCUCCGAACGAACGCAUCUUUUGAGCCGAACGUUCGGCUGUUCGAUAUAAUGUUCGGUGGAUUUUGUAUGGGGUUUCUGAGUUUAUUGGUGGAAUCUUGUAGUGCGUUCUGCCGGUCUUAUGCUACGGGUGGCGUCGUCGUAUAGUACCUUAUGCAACGUUCUUAUAGGAGAAAAAACUCUGGGUUUUCUCGUCGACUUGCCUUCUCCUGUUUCUCAUCGCCAGCCGUGAGCGUAUAUUGUCAUGGAUCAAUUUAUUACUCGCUCACAGGCCUCGUAGGCCUCCCACUCGACCCACUCGACCCAGUCGGCAUCUGACAGCUAUCACCAUGCCGGGUCGCGUACGGCAGCCGUCAUGGCGAUGGCGGAGAGCUUUGAGAGCUCGGAUGACUCUCCAUCCGAAGUGGAAUCCGCCCAGCUAACGCAAGACUUUCCUGGCAGCCUGAAGACAAUGGGAUCCCAAUUUCCU